UCAUCUUUUGUGUUGUACCAGUUGUGAAUGCCACUGAAUCGGCUUUUGAAAACUGUGUGCGAAUCUGUGCGGCGUUUCAGCUCGCGGAAAAUGGAUGAUCUGCAGGUCAAGAUUGGUCCGUCCAUUCUAAACGCGGACCUCGGGGAUUUGGGGAACGAGUGCGUCCGCAUGAUGGACUCUGGGGCGGACUAUUUGCAUCUCGACGUUAUGGACGGGCAUUUCGUGCCGAAUCUCACCUUUGGACAUCCCGUCGUCAAGUGUCUGCGUGGCAAGGUGCCCAAGGCCUUCUUCGACCUCCACAUGAUGGUCUCGAAUCCUCACGCUUGGGUCGGGCCUAUGCAAGACGCGGGAGCUGAUCAGUACACAUUCCAUUACGAAGCCGCGUCGGACGACGUUUUGGGCCUGGCGAGGCGAAUAAAGGAGACGGGCAUGAAGGUGGGCGUUGGAGUAAAGCCGGCGACGGACGUCGACGUCAUUUUGCCGCUCCUCAACUCGGACUUGAUUGACACGGUGCUCAUUAUGACUGUGGAACCCGGGUUCGGAGGGCAGAGGUUCAUGGAAGACAUGAUGCCGAAGGUGUCGGCGAUUCGAUCCAGAUUCCCGCUCAUUAACAUUGAAGUCGACGGUGGCGUCGGGCCGAACAAUGUCGACGUUUGUGCCGAGGCUGGGGCAAACAUGAUCGUUUCCGGAACAGCUAUAAUCAAAAGUGACGAUCCUUCGCAAACGAUUCGUCACAUGAGAGCCGUUGCACAAGAUGUGAUAAAUAAGGGUUCCUUGGAUCGCUGAAGUUGAAGCUCACAGCGUCGAAUGAACGAAGACCAUUUGAGAUUAAUUAAUUCUUACUCGUGGUGUACCAAAGACCAUGAAGCCGUGGUUCCAGGGUAAACUUUGCUAUUCCGAGCAGAAAAUGCCUUUUUCAAAGAUAUGCUAUUGGUGCAGAGCCUGUGCAUAAUGUGAUGGUGGAGUUGUCGGAUUUUUUUCUUUCGGGUGAGUGCGCAAUUUAUUCAAGGCGUGGAGGAUUGAAUUGAUGAUUGAGAAUGAUCGAAUGAAUGAAUGUUCGUCUACUCCGAGGAA